AUGGGGGGAUCGCGAGAAGAUCACAACAGGCGGCGCAGCCAACAGAAAGAAGAAAAAGCAACACUCCGGAUCCACUACCGAGCUGUGAGAUGGUUGAAGAUCGAGAAGACCGAGAAGACCGAGAAGACCGAGAAGACCGAGAAGACCGAGCUCUGCGCUGGCUACUCCAACAUGAAGUAG